GUAGCUUGUCUCACCAUGUGUAACAAACCUGUGUGUUUACUUUUUGAAAAGGGCUAUGGGGAAAUUCUGCAUUUCCAAAUACAACUUGUAUCCUCCAAACAUGAAUCUUCACUCUACUCACUAGUCCUGCCUGUUAAAGGAAACUCUCUCUCUCAUGUUUUUCCCAGGAGCUCUGACUCAGAAGAAGCAUUUGAGACCCCAGAAUCCACUACACCAGUCAAGGCUCCUCCAUCACCUCCACAGCCACCACCCGACACAGCAGUAGCCAUCGUAGCAGACAUAGCAGAGCAAGAAAUAAAGCCUCAGCUGCCCCUGGAAGACACAGGAUUACCUCCUGAAACUGUUCCUGUAACUGAUGUGUCACACAGUGAGACAGUUGAAGAAAGCCCUUUCCGUCCCCCUUGCCAUUCUUUUUCCACCGUCUUCGAUGAGGACAAGCCAAUAGCCAGCAGUGGAACUUACAACUUGGACUUUGAUAACAUUGAGCUGGUUGAUUCUCUCCACGCCUUAGGGCCGAGCUCUCCAGAAUUGAAGAGUCGUGACCCCAAAGCGAAUGUUCGAAGAAAAUCUACUGAUUCAGUGCCAGUUUCCAAAUCUACGUUAUCUCGGUCUCUUAGCUUGCAAGCUAGUGAUUUUGAUGGAGCAUCCUACCUUGGCAACAGUGAGACAUUAGCGCCGACAGCAGAUGCUUAUGGUACUGGUUCAAGCAGUGCUUCCAGUACCCUUAAGCGAACAAAGAAAUCCAGGCCCGCUUCCUUAAAAAAGAAACAGCCAGCAAAAAAAUCCCUGGAUGCUCCGCUGGUGAAGGAAGCGCCACAAGAGCCUCCUGACCUUGGCCAAGCAGCUUCUGCAGGUGAGGAGAAACCAGCACCUGAAGCAAAAGCUGACUCAGUAAAACCCAAGUAUACUGACCCUUCUAAAACCUCUGCUGAGAAACAGGAGGCCUCUGCUGUGCCUGAGGGAUCCUACCCUUUGGAUCCAGAUAAUUUGGAAGGGAUUAGUGCUUUUAGCACUGGAGGCAGCAAAGUGCAAAACUCGCCCCCUGCCAAUAAGAAAACACUACCUCUUACACCUGCACCGGAGGCUGGGGAGGUGACUCCGUCGGACACUGGGGGACAGGAGGACCUUCCAGCCAAAGGCGUUGCGGUGAGGCUGGAAUUUGAUUAUUCGGAAGAAAAAGGGAUUGGUGAAGAGCAACAGGAGAGCACUCCUCCUCCUAAAAAAGCAGGUAAAAAGCCUGGUGCUAAAAUGCCACUACGGAGGCCAAAGACUAAAAAGCCAGUGGAAAAGCUUGACAACGCUCCGACCACACCGACAAAGACACCCACUGAUCCAAACGAAAUCCCUAUCACAAAAGGAUCUUACACUUUUGAUAUUGAUAAGUGGGAUGAUCCCAAUUUUAACCCGUUCUCCUCUAGUACAAAAAUGCAAGAAUCUCCCAAACUGCCUCAACAAACGUACAGUUUUGAGCCAGACAUGUGCGAGGACUCCAUUGACCCUUUCAAGUCUUCUUCUAAGAUUGCCAACUCACCCACUAAAUCUCCAGCCUCCUUUGAGAUACCAGCCAGUGCCAACGAAACAAACGGAACUGAUGGAGACAACUUGAAUAAACCCGCAAAAAAGAAGAAGACGCCACUAAAGACGAUGGUAGAAGAUGUGAUGUCUGUAUGUUCUCUGUUUGAUACAUUUAGGGUGAAAAAAUCACCAAAAAGAUCUCCACUAUCUGAUCCUCCUUCUCAGGAUCCCACCCCGCUGCCUACCCCAGAAACGCCUCCUGUCAUAUCUGCAGUGGUUCAUGCAACAGAUGAGGAGAAACUGGCAGUGACCAGCCAGAAAUGGACCUGCAUGACUGUGGACCUGAGCACGGACAAGCAGGAUUACCCACAGCCCUCUGAUCUGUCCACAUUUGUCAAUGAGACCAAGUUCAGCUCUCCUACAGAGGGUAUGCUGUAUUCUGGGCUGUCUGCAUCCAGCUGGUGUUAUUUUGGGGAACUCUAAAAAUGGUGCUCUUUG